AUGUCCACCGAACCAAAGAAGGUUUUAAAUGGGGUUUCUACAUUGACUUCGAAACUUGUUUCUUCAGCGAUAGAACCAAUAGAAGUACAUGUUGUGAAUUCCCAAGAUGGAUUAAGUGUUUCCAAACAUACUGCUGUUUCUUUUAAAGUAAAAGGGUCACUUGAAGAUGCCAUUUUAAAAAAGGCCUCUCCAUUGAAUACGGUUGCUAGUAAAAGCAAGAAUAUGGGGAAAUUAUCGGGGAGCAAAAAAUGGGGUUCCAGGCCACUAGGAAAAUUAAUAAAAUCCCUUAUGGGAAAGGAUCUUGGUUUUAUUGGUCCAUCAUUUACCUGUCAAAGAGGUAAUACGCAAGAGAGACGUGAUCGAGCUCUGACUAAUGAUGGUUGGAUCUCUACGUUUCCACAGACUCUGGUUUAUCACCUCUCUCGUAUCAAAUCGGAUCAUAAACCUAUUCUUUUAAAUUCUAAUCCUGAAUUUAGUUCCCUGAGAGGGAGACUGUUUCAUUUUCUUGCAGGAUGGACGAAGCACACAAAUUUUAAAGAAUUGGUUGUGGAAAAGUGGAGAUUCUCGGGUAAUAUGGCGGAUUCUUUAUCUGAUUUUACCUCACAUGUUAAAAAUUGGAACAAGUUUGUCUAUGGCUUUAUUGGUAUGAGGAAAAGACAGCUUCUGAGAUCACUUGGGAAUAUCCAAAAGGCUAUGGACCAGUCGAAUUCUAGGAGACUUGUUAAUUUAGAGAUGGAGGUUCGUGAUGAAUUGGAGAGUGUCCUUAAUCAUGAGGAACUUUUAUGGAGGCAAAAGGCGAGAUGUGACUGGCUCCAGUUUGGGGAUCGUAAUACCAAGUUCUUCCAUUCUCGUACUUUGCAAAGGAGGAAAUUUAAUCGCAUUAUGGCCUUACGCAUCAAUAAUGAGGAGUGGUGUUCGGAUCAGUCUAUCCUCAGUGAUGAGGCUGCCAGGUUCUUUGAAAAUUUGUAUGGUAAAAUUCCUAAUCCCAUGCCUGAUCUUCCUUUGAAUACUUUUCCACGUCUUAAAGACCAUGAUAUUGACUUUCUUAAAAAGCCGGUGUUGAAUGUUGAAAUCAAGAAGGCCCUUUUUGAUAUGGCUCCGUUGAAAGCUCCGGGGAGUGAUGGCUUUCAUGUGUAUUUCUUCCAAAGUCAGUGGGACUUAGUUGGAAGGGCAGUCUGUGAGUGGGUUCAAGUGAUUGCCAAUAGAUUCAAAGUGGUGUUUCCUAAUUUCAUUUCUCUUGAGCAAGCGGAUUUUAUUGCUAGUCGAAGCAUCUUAGAUAAUAUCAUCAUUGUGCAAGAAAUCAUCCAUUCCAUGCGAAGUAGGAAAGCUGGUAGGAAUUGGAUGGCCAUUAAGCUAGACCUUGAGAAAGCAUAUGACAAGAUUAGUUGGAAUUUCAUUGAUGCCUCCCUGGUUGCUGCUGGAAUCCUAGAGAUCCUUAGGAAGUUAGGCCAACUGAUUAGUUCAGAGAUUUCUAGCGGUAGGUGGCAACCUAUUCGGUUAUCCGGAUUGGGGCCGACUUUAUCUCAUCUCUUCUUUGCUGAUGAUCUUGUCAUUUUUUGUAAGGCAGAGAUGAAUCAAGCCAUUGUGCUAAAGGAAAUCCUUAAUCGGUUUUGUGCCUUUUCUGGGCAUAAGAUUAGCGUAAGGAAGAGCAACAUGUUUUUUGCCAAAGGGGUGGAUACCAGCUUAAGUGAUCAAAUCAGACGGAUCACCCUCGCUCAAUCUGUUCUACUUUCUGUUCCUAACUAUUUCAUGCAGUCCUUGUUGGUUCCUAAAGGAAUUUGUGAUGAGAUUGAACGGAUUACUAAACAGUCUAUUUGGGGAGGUUCAGUUAGGCAUUUUAAAACAGUUGGAGAUGGUUCUACGAUCCGCGGCUGGAAAGAUAUAUGGAUACCUAAUGUUGGGUCUCUUUACUCAUAUGUCUCUGGCCAUGAUAGACUUAAUUUAGAUAGUACGUUGAAGGAUUGGGAUAUGGGCACUACGUGGUCAUGUCUUUUUGGUCUUAUUUCUUGGAGAAUCUGGAAGAAUAGGAAUUUGUUCAUCUUCCAAAACAUCAAGUGGACAGAUCAUGAUGUUCUCAAGUCCUCGAUCAGUUGGGCUCAUCAUUUUGAGCCUUUUUCUCGUGGGAACAAGGAUAGACCAAACUCUUCGGUGAUUCUUCAUCACUUUUCACAAGAUUUGGUGUAUCUAUUUACGGAUAGAGCAGUGGCAAGAGCCUCCGGAAAUGCCUCAGCAGGUGGUAUGGUUAGGGAUAGAGAUGGGAGUUGGAUAUUAGGAUUCAAGCAUUAUCUAGGCAGAUGUUGUUCACCUUUGGAAGCUUCUUGA